AUGAUGCCAGGGCAGAUCCCCGACCCGUCCCUGACGGCCGGCGCGCUGCCUGGGCUCGGCCCCUUGACAGGACUGACUGGCACAGCCCUGACCGCCGAGGAGCUGAAGUACGCUGACAUCCGCAACAUCGGGGCCAUGAUCUCACCACUCCACUUCCUGGAGGUGAAGCUUGGGAAGAGACCUCAGCCUGUGAAAAGUGAGCUGGAUGAGGAAGAGGAGAGGAGGAAAAGGCGCCGGGAAAAAAACAAAGUAGCAGCAGCGCGAUGUCGUAACAAGAAGAAGGAGAGGACGGAGUUCCUGCAGCGGGAGUCUGAGCGUCUGGAGCUCAUGAAUGCUGAGCUGAAGGCCCAGAUAGAAGAGCUGAAACAGGAGAGGCAGCAGCUGAUCCUGAUGCCGAACCGGGACCGGCCCACCGGCAUCGUGCGGAGCAUCAAGACACCUGAGAGCGAAGCCAACCCGCUGCUGGAGCAGCUAGAGAAGAAGUGAAGGUGGCACUGGGCCAGGAGGAGGAGACAGUGGUGCAGGGUCUUCCAGGGUCUCUAAUGUAUGUACUGUAUGAAGAACUUUGCACCCAG